AUGGACGAGAAGAUUCUGAAGGAGCUCGUCAAGCUGAACAUCCCUACAUUCUACAUGGCUUCCAACCUCACCACCAAUGAUUUUGGUAGAUUCACCAAGGAGUUUAUAGAAAUGGGUCGCAAGAAAGCAGCCAUGGUGCAGAGUUUUUUGGACCUCGGCUUCAGCACACUCGUAUCUGACGUGGAUGCGGUGUGGUUGCGCAACCCUUUCCCUUUCUUCAGAAAGUUCACGGAUGCAGACAUGCUUGUCUCCAGCGACCUCAUCCAGACCACUAGCAUCGCUGAGGGGCUAGAGGAUCUCUCGGGAGCUCGUCAUGGCCUCAACAUUGGUGUGAUGUUCCUCCGUCCCAGGGCACUCUCUUUGGUCCAGGAAUGGAUUGCAAACAUGAGGAGCGAUCCCAAGGGGUGGGAUCAGGCGGAGCUCACUCACCUAUUCCGCAGCAACCUCACCGUGGCGCCCAACCGCUCGGAUGGUCUGCUGAGUAUCUACAAUGGGAAGCUGCUGGGCGGUGCCCUGCCCACCUCCCUCUUCUGCUCUGGCCAGAGCUACAAGGAGGGAACGAGCUGGGAGGGGGGGCUGCGCCCAUACUCCUUCCAUGCAUCUGGGAUUGCCUCCGCGACCAGUGGAAAACGGUCCCGCCUGCGAGAGUGGGGAUUCUGGCAUGAUGAGCCUGGGCGCUUCACGCAUCCAGUCGGGUUCCUGAGCUACGACAACCAUGUGCCUCUGGAGCUCAUCAAUGAAGUCAGAGAUUUCAAAAACCAGUCCAAGACCCUGCAAGGGGUGCUACCCCACUUCAAGCUCAUGAACGAGCAGCUGUCCCAGCUGCGUGUGGCUCUCGUGGCCGCCAAGGAACUGGGAGGGGCAGCGGCUGUGCUGCCGCACCUGUGGCUCGGCAAACAGAACGACAUCUGGCCUGGGGACGGAUACUUUCGAGAGUCGCGCUUCCAAAUGCCGUUCACUGCUCCUGCAGACUACACCAUGGACCUGGAAUGGAUGGACCACGAGAUUCCAGACGAAUACCGUGAGUUCUCCUUUCUUGAAAAACCUGAGGCUACACCCCUGCUGGCUUCCAGGGUCGUCAUCGUGAUCUGUCAGGCCGAGGCUGAUGCGGAUUGUGAGGAGGGGGAGGCACCGGCCAUCCCCAAGGAGGAUGACACGGUGCGCCUCAAGCCAAACCGCAACCUCUACCAGCUGCGGACGGCGCUGAGUCACCUGUACAAGAGCUACAAGAUUGUACACUUUCAGGGCAGGAUGGAGAAAGCCAUUCAUCUCAACCCGGUUGAAACGGCCUUCUACAACGAGAGGAUGCGAGGCUGGAUGGGUGCCUUCUGCUGUGUGGAGGAGAAGCCAGGGCACAUCUUUUACGACCUCUUCUGGGACGUUCCAGGGCACAUUAACCGCUUCAACGAGGUGCAAGAAGGGCCUUGGGAACCAAAGCCUGGACCGUAG